AUGGAUCAAGAAGCUCUUCUCGUCGGAAAAGCUGCGGACCAGCACCCGGAAAAACGCAAUGUUUUGACCAUUUCGUGUAUUCUUGGUAUAGUCUCAUAUACAUAUACAGCAAGUCAGGCUUUGGAGAAACUUGCAUAUUACGGAUUGGUACCGAACAUGAUACUUUACUUGACGGCGGAGUACGGCAUGGGAACGACUGAAGCGGCCAACAUCCUCUUCCUCUGGUCUGCCGCCACCAACUUCUUCCCUCUUAUCGGUGCUUUUAUCGCUGAUUCUUACACGGGUCGUUUUCCUCUAAUCGGAUUUGGAUCCUCCACUAGCCUUCUGGGAAUGCUUUUAUUAUGGCUGGCAACAAUGAUCCAACCAGAAUGCGACAAAUCAAUACACGUAUGCCAACCAACCACACCAUUCCAACUUCUUCUCCUAUAUUCAUUUUUUACCCUCACAUCCAUCGGUGCUGGUGGUGUAAGGUCCUCCUGCCUAGCCUUCGCCGCCGAUCAGCUCCAACUCAACCACACAUCACGUAUCUCCACGUCAGCACUAGAAACCCUCUUCAACUGGUACUACUUCUCCGUCAUGCUCGCUUACUUUCUCUCCGAGUCGUUGCUCGUCUUCGUUCAGACAAAGUAUGGUUGGCAGAUCGGGUUUGGAGUCUCUCUCGCUGCCAUGACUAUAUCGGUCGCUUUGUUCUUCGCUGCGUCUCCGUAUUACGUCAAGUUUAAGUGUGAGCCCGGCCUCGUUUCUGGACUUGUCCAGGUUCUCGUUGCUGCUUUUAGGAACCGACACGUUGAUUUAUCAUCGGAGGAGCAUGUUGUAUCGUACCAUCAGGAAACAGGAUCUUCGUUUUCAACUCCUAGCCAGAAAUUGAGGUAUUUGAAUAAAGCCUGCGCUACAAGUAACCCAAAGCAAGACCUGACCGUAACAAGAAACUCACGGAGCCCACGGAAGCUAUGUACUGUGCAACAAGUAGAAGACCUUAAAUCUCUCGUCAAUCUCCUACCAAUCUGGUCAACGGGAAUCAUCUUGUCACUUGUCACAGCUUGUCAAGCUUCCUUCAUAGUUCUUCAAGCCAAGGCCAUGGAUCGUCGCACUUUCAUCAAGAGUUUCGAGAUUCCUCCGGGAUGUUACGGCGUUUUCAUGAUCAUCUCUUUCGUGCUCUUCCUUGUUAUUUACGAUCUUGUUGUCGUCCCGUUAGUGUCUUGGGCUCAAAGAAAGCCCUUUAGACUGGGAGUUAUGGUGAGAAUGGGAGCUGGGAUUGCAAUAUCGGUAUUAUGCAUCUUGACUCUCGCGAUAGUGGAGUACGCUAGAAGAAAGAGAGCUAGAGAGGAGGGAGGUACGGUGUUGUCUGCGAUGUGGCUAUUACCAUACAUGCUACUAGGAGGCAUUUCGGAAGCACUUAUUUCGAUAGCACAAAACGAGUUCUUCUACUCAGAGCUUCCCAAGUCAAUGUCAAGCGUCGCCACCACACUCUUCGGCCUCAACAUGGCCGCCGCAAGCCUCGUCUCCUCCUGGAUCGUCACCGCCGUAGACGCAGCCACAUGCGGGAGCUGGAUCACAAAGGAUAUAAACGAGGGACACUUGGACUAUUACUAUUGGCUAUUGACAGCACUAUCUCUUCUCAAUGUUGCGUAUUUUGUUUGGUGCAGCAAAGCUUAUGGUAAAUGUAAAAGUGACGCAGAUAAUUGAGUAAAUUAUUUUUUUUAU